UUUUUUCCUACGUUUUUUCUGAAUAUCAUUUCAUAUUCUGCGUCACCCUGGUAGGUGAAAACUUGUUGCUGUAAUGAAAAAUGUCCAUUUGUACUUUCCCAAUGCAGUGAGCGAAUGGAACAUGAACGAAAUGAAGCUUUGACACUUUAAUUCUUGAGGAGAUGUCGACAUCAGUUCUACAACAUUAACAAUAUCAAAAUGCAAGAAAAAACAGAUAAUGCAUUUUAUGAAAUUUCACUUAAUAACAAUAUUUGUCAUCAGGAAACAACGACUUCAGGCCAUCCAACGACUGAAAAUGAAAUUCAAAUUAAAGUAUAUAAGCGUCGUUUCUGGAUGUUGUUCUUAUUUAGCUCUACAUCCCUUGCAUCGGGUCUCUUCUAUCCAUUGUACGCUGGGAUUUCUGACGUCACUAUGUGUUACUAUGAUGUAAGUCAAGACGCUGCCAACUGGACAGGCCUGGUAUGUAUGGUGACUUACAUCAUAUUGGUCUUUCCAGUGUCAUGGUUGAUAGACAGAAUCGGUAUUCAAAAAACUGUACUUAUCAGUUCAGCCUUUAAUUUAUUGGCUAGCGCCACUCAAUUCCUGACUUUGAAUCCACAAAAUUUCAUUUAUGUGAUGGUGUCGCAAUUUUUUGCCUCUAUGUCGAACGUGUUCAUUUUAGCUAUACCACCUUGCCUAGCAGCGGAAUGGUUCCCAAGCAACGAGGUAUCUAGAGCUUGUGCUUACGGGGUUUUCGGCAAUCAGAUGGGAUUGGCUUUAGGUUUUAUUUGCGCGCCGUUGAUGAUUUCAUCAGACUGUUCCAACCUGAAACUAAUCACCAAGGGCAGAACGAAUGUGGCAAUACUUUUGACGGUUGUAAAUACGAUCCUUACAGCUCUAAUAAUAUUCACUUUUCAGGGAAAGCCUCCACAUCCACCCAGUGUUGCUCAGGCUGAAAAAAAAGACGACAAAUUGGACUAUUUGAAGCUUUCUCUAUCGAUGCUCAAAAAUGUGAACUUUGUGCUCAUUUUCAUCAUGUAUGGUCUUAUGGUUGGAACUUAUUUUGUAACGGCCACUUUAUUAAACGCCUUCCUAAUACCUUUCUUUCCUGGUACAGAGGUGCUGAUAGGUUGGAUGGGCUGGUUGCUGAUUGUAGCUGGUCUCAUUGGUUCUAUAGUUGCUGGUUAUGUUUUGGAUUAUACGCAUAAGUUCAAGAAUACAUCUUUGGCAAUAUGCAUAUUAAGCUUCUUUACUUUCAUUCUUUUCAUUUGUUUCGUCCAUUUUCAGCAUAUCUGGCUGCAAUUCAUCACAAUUGGAGUGCUGGGGUUCUUUCUGACAAGUUUUCUACCAGUCGGAUUUGAAUACGGAAUAGAAGUUACUUAUCCAGAAUCAGAAAUCACUUCUGCUGGUCUUCUAAAUGCAUCUAGUAUGAUAUUUGGAAUAAUACUGACGGAAAUCGCAACAUCCAUUCUAAAUAAGCAAGGCUUCUACGCAGCAAAUACAGUUAUGCUUAUUGCCCUGUUAGCAAGUUGUAUCAUUUGUGGUUUCAUUACAACAGAUUACAAAAGGAGCAAAAAAAGUAUGCGUAAGAGCAAAGUGGGAAAUACCUAAAUAUUUUAUGCAGUUCUUUCUUCUUUUAUUAACGUUUAAAUAAAUUUAAACAUUACUUAAA